AUGGGCUCAAAUAUCCUUCCUACUGGAUACAGUCUUCGCAUCGGCUACCCAUCAGUCCCUCAAUACCUACACCUUCGAUCCGCUGCCAAGCUUUCCCCAAAGACACCAUCACAGGCGGCUGCUGUCCCCUCGGGAAGCUGGUUUGGAUGCUAUAUUAUGUUUAACGCCUUCAACGACGAUCCACAACCCAUUGGCAUGGGGAGGAUUAUUGGAGAUGGCGGCUGGUAUUUCCAUAUCGUCGAUAUGGCCGUCCAUCCGGACCACCAGAGGAAAGGUCUUGGAGAUGUGAUCUUGAAGGCCCUAGUACAGGAAAUUUACAAGAAGGCCCCUUCAGAUGGCAAUCCCUACAUUUCAUUACUGGCGGAUGAGGCUGGACGGAGACUGUACUCGAAGAAUGGCUUUGUGGAGUCAGCACCGGAUUCACUAGGCAUGGUUCUCAGAUCCUAG